GUGAGGCCUUACAUCAAAGAAUUGACCGCAAUGCAACCCCGUGCCGUGGAAGACAAAUAGUACAUGUUCAAGUUGAACUAGGUUUAGGAUUGGGAAUCCGAAACGGUGAUGUUGCAUAAGAAUCUUCAAUCCCAUUAAUUCCCAGGUACUAAACUAGUAUUUAAUAACUAGUUAUGAUAUUUUCCAUUUGGGGGAAGGAAAUGGUGACCACAUUCACCCAUCUAUUAUUCUAUACCCAUGGAAUUGGACGGUAUGUGGCUUCGUCAGAUCAACUCUAAAAGCACUUCUCUCAACCCUGUUUAAGGAGUCAAAGUUGUUUAUAGUUCGUUUUUCAACGCAGUUUUAAGGGGUAGAAUGGUAGAUAAGCCUAAACAAGAGCGCUGACAUGGAGGAUAAGAACAGUGGUGGUUCUUGUUCAAUUAGAAGACGUUCAUUGAGCUUAUCAAGUCAUAGAAGCCAUAACACAGAUAAUGAUAAUGAUAAUGAUUGUGAGAGUGUUUCUGAAGCUGGUGACAUUGGAGAUCGAGCUCUUCCAAGCAGAAGAUUCAGUGAAAGCAAUAGUUUCCGCUCAGAAAAUGGAUCAUUUAAUCAUCAUGUUGGAAAUUCCAUUUCACAGGAGCACAAAUUAUUGCAUCCAAACUCAUCUGUUUUACCUUUGCCACAAUCACUCUCAUCUUCCUCCCUACCUCUUUCUACAGAUGCAAUAGUGGGUUCUCAAGACUCAAAGUUUGUGAAAGAACCUCCUAAAGGUUUACCAGAGUUAUUGGAUUAUACUUCAUGUUUGGCUCACUUAGCUGUUUUUGGAAUUCUUGGGGUCCUCACAAGAUAUUUACUGCAAAAGUUAUUUGGCCCUGGGGUUGCUGGUGUAACAAACAACCAAACUAUUCUUUACCUUGAUCUUCCUUCUAAUAUGAUUGGUUCAUUUCUUAUGGGAUGGUUUGGUGUUGUAUUCAAAAAAGACAUAUCUCAAGUGUCAGAGCAUCUAGCCAUAGCAAUAACAACUGGUUACUUGGGGAGCCUUACAACCUUCAGUGGCUGGAAUCAAAAAAUGCUUGAACUCGCUGUUACUGGUCACUGGCUCUUCUCUGCACUUGGCUUUCUAAUAGGUUUAUUUCUUGUUGCAUUUUCCAUCAUAUUUGGGAUUGAAACUGCAAAGGGUUUUAGGUGGCUUCUCAACAGACUGAAUAUUACAAGUUCAGAAAAUGGUAUCUCUAAGAUCAAUUGCCAAGUCGACAGAUACCGGCGCCAAAUGACAGUUAUGGUGAUGUUCUUAGUGAUGUUGGGUGUAUUAUGGGGUGUGAGUGGUGCAUUAGUACAGGCUAAAUUCAAGAAUGGUGGCAGUGCUGCUCAGUUGUGGCUUGCUUGCAUGGUUGGACCUGUAGGUGUGUGGAUUAGAUGGUUCUUAGCGAGGCUUAAUGGACGUGGAUUAGGAAAGAAAGGUUUAUUUAAAUGGAUACCAUUUGGGACUCUAAUUGCCAAUGUAUCAGCUGCUUCUAUUAUGGCUGCACUUUCUACUAUAAAGAAUGCAGUGAACACAAGGGAUUGUGAUACUGUUGUAGCAGGAAUACAGUUUGGUUUGAUGGGGUGUCUGAGUACUGUCUCUACUUUUGCUGCUGAGUUUAAUGCAAUGAGAGAAAGCAGUGAUCCUUGGAGAGCAUAUGUCUAUGCUAUUACUACAAUAUGUGUCUCGUUCUCUUUAGGAAUCUUAAUAUAUUGCAUCCCUUAUUGGACAAAAGGAUUUGACACUGACAUGUAGCAGUUGGCAAUGCAACCUUGUUUUGGCACUCUUGAUGUGAUGUGGAACGAACCGUCAAAGUUUUGCUGCAAUCCUUCUCAAUUCCAAAGAUGACAAUCUUUUUACAUUGGGACUCAGCAAUUGGGAGAAACAGAGUAAUGUAUAAUGUAUUUACUUCUCUUAUAAGAAGGUGGUGGUUUUAGUUAUGUGUUGUGCCUUAUGAUUGCAUGGUUACGGUUUCCACAAACUCUCACCUAAACUAAGGCUUCAUAACAUCACAUAUAAAGUUAGAAACUUAUAUUGGAAAAAACCCCAAGUAACAUGUAGAAUAAGAUAAGGGCUAGCAUAAGUCUACAUAGAGACACUUUUCACCUUAAAAAUUGGUUUUGUAAGAAUGAACUGGACCAAAUAUAAAAACUAUUAACUUUA